AUGGCCAGUGGCGGCGGUUCUACGCUACGAAGCUUCUCCACUCAGUCAAACAAUCUCACCAUGGUUCAGAACUACAAAAUAAAGUUGGAGAUCACUUUGACGCUGCCCGCUCACGGCUACAAAGAUGUUGACCCAAGUGAACUUGACCUGCAAACCAUAAUCAACCAAAUUGCCCAGAAAUUCAAGGUCCACAUUGAGAUGGACUUUGAUGAGUCCGACGCAAUCAUGACCGUAUUUGCGCCCAACAAGACGGGAGCGCAUGGCGCGCUCAAUGCCCUUCGAAACAUGUUGGUGUGCAAAUCGGGCGAGAAGAGUGUCUGGCAUCCAUUUGCUCUGGUCAGACCGCCAAGAAGCUGCAAGGAGAACAUGAAAAUUGUCCUUUCGAUUGUAGAGGGCAAAAAAGGCUCUCGACCCACAGCGAAAAAUGCCGGAGGGCCCAAGUCAAGCGACGCCGAUCCUGUGGACAAGACCCAAGAGGAAGAGUAUAAAGAGGAACUGAAGAAGGCACUUGCUUUUACAGUUCAGAACUUGAAACACGUCCCGAAUAAGAUGCGCAUGAGAGUGCACUUUGGGACGUUCCGGCUGAAGGAGUGGAAGAAAGGCCAGACGGAGUAUACUUUCAGCGAACUUGAGAGUAUUGCUGAGAUUGCGGAAGCCCUCCGCUCCCGGGUUGCCAGCAUUUGUGGUAGCGUGCCGCGGACGGUGCGCUCCGACUCCGUUGACGACAUCAAGCCAGUGCACUCUCUGGUUAUCAUUACAAAGAACCUCCACGUGGAGCUGGGCAUCGACACGAUCCAGACCAAGGGCUGGGCUGGGCAGGUCACCUAUGCCUUUGGCCCUCCUGCGGCCUUUCGCCGUGAGAAGCGGGCUCGUGCUAUUGAGAUCCUCAACUCGUGUCCCGAGGGUCAUUAUGACUGGAUCCUCGAAAUCCACAAUCAGAUCGAUAGACAGGAUUUCAAGGCGGCCAUACCUUUCAGAUCAACCGACGUCAGGAACAAUUUCGAAUUCACUAAUAACGUCCUACCUGGUGGAUUCCCCGCGAUUAUCGUUCUCGCCCACUUCAUGAAUGCCUUCGGCGUGGAGGGUGUUCUUGGUAGAACAACAUGGAGUUAUAUGCUCAACUCGGAGUAUUGUAUCGAAAUUAGCAUCUACCACAAAUGGGGAAGUGAUACUAAGCUUCCGCCUACGACGAGCACCGGUGUUACUCUGUACGGCUCCGAUUGGGACGACGAUAUGGACCUGGAGGAUCUCUCGACUGCGCCGCGAAAGUGGAACGACUUUGGCAAGCAGUUCUUGCACGUUGACGGACCGACCCGUCACCGUAACCCUGAUACCGACCCAUACGAUGACUUCCUGAACCGGGUCCGGUUUGUCGGGAAUAUGCUUGAUGAGGCAGCUGACGAGGUGGCCUCAUCGCACUAA